AUGUCCUUCUUCCAGGGUCUGGAAAUCCUGGGACUGCGAGGCACAGGCCUGGCGGAGGACAUUUUGGUUAUGCUCUUCCAAACGGGCCUCUCCACAGACAACAAAACCCUUUUGCAACUGGAUGUGUCACGGAAUUGCUUUACCCCCAAAGUGAUGGCAGCAUGUUGUGAAUCCCUUGUGGCAAGCGCAACCCUUGACAUUCUGAAGGCUGAACACUGCGGCAUUGACCUGUCCCAAAUUCAGACUUUAUCAGCCAGUUUGCCAGACAUUCAUGGACUCCAUCAUCUUCAUCUGGAUGGCAAUGAGUUCACCUGGACUCCUCUAGUUGAAGGCACUGUUGAAACUCAAGGCUCCAUUUGCGUAUUGGCAGGCAUGGAACGAAAUCAAUCUCUCUGGUCGAUCCAAAUGGGAGAGUACAAUAUGCUCACUCGAAGUUCGCGACCAUGUUGCACUCCACCCACGUACACUGAGCAUAUGAGUCUCACAACUAGGUUCCAACUGAAGAAUUGUCUCCAGCGAAAUAUACAGCUGGACAAAGGGAAGAAGUGGUCCCAAAUGGAGCAGGCUGUUGUGCGCUUGGCAGCCUUGCUUCUCUACAAAAUCAAUCAACAAGAACAGGGAUCAUCCUAG